UAUCUAUCCAUCCAUCCAUCCAUCCAUCCAUCCAUCCAUCCAUCCAUCCAUCCAUCCAUCCAUCCAUCCAUCCAUCCAUCCAUCCAUCCAUCCAUCCAUCCAUCCAUCCAUCCAUCCAUCCAUCCAUCCAUCCAUCCAUCCAUCCAUCCAUCAAUCAAUUAAUCAAUUUACACACAUACCAGUCGUCAUCUAACGCUAUGGAGAAUUGGAAAACCCUUAUUGCCAACUGCAGGAAGACAUCCGAGCAUAGCAUGGAAGACAAACUCCGCCUUACUGGAAUUCUCAUGCAAGAUGUGUCAUUGUUUGAUCAAUAUCCUGUCACUACCAAACGGCGUUACAAACGGGCUCAAGCACACAUUAACCAACUACGACAACUUAAGGACAUCGGGGACACUGCAUACUACCUGUGCCUAUUUGGAAGCAGCCUAACGUACCUUGAGGCGAAUAUGGAUGCUUUAGAGAAAGAUAUGGAGGGAUUUCUCAAAAGUGCCUCCCCAGACGCUCUCUCCGCCUUUACCGAUUAUGCCCGGCCAAUAGCUGAGAAACACUACUCGGAGUACUCAGAGAGCAAGAAACGCAAACGAGCAGACAGUGAGCUCGUUAGCUCAAAGAGCCCGAAGGUUAAUUACCAGAACUCCCUCUCAGCUCGAUAUUUCUCCACCUGCCUCUUCUCAGUUGAACACUGCCAAUAGCAGCAGUUCUCCUCCCAACACUGAGACUUCCUCCCAACCCGGUGCUGCUCGACUCGAUCCCCCUCGACUCGAUACGUUCGACGACAGGGCCCCUCAAUUCGAUCCCUCCAACCAGAAAGCAUCCCCUCAGCCUGACAGCUCUCCAUUCGCUGCCCUUUCGCUCAAAAAAUCGUAUCACCCUAAUGCUCAACCCAGUCUGUCCGGCAGCUCCCUUCAGCGUAACAUGUCUGUUGACGAUGACCGAGGCCCACUUGGGGGUUUCAUUGCCGCAAACAGCAACGACGCCACCCCUGAAGAAGUAGCACGAGUUUCCGAAACAAUAUCACAGUCAUUCAAUGGUGAAUCACACGAUAUAGACAAAGAACACCUGUAUUCAGUGCUGGCUUACUACAAGGGGCCAAUUUCCCUCUUUAUGCCUCAAUUGCCUGGAC